AUGCCGGCUUAUCAUUCCCAAUUCAAUGACGCUACUGAAUGCCGAGUCUUGGGUAACAUGGCUCUGUUGCCUAUUAAAACAAAAAUAAGAGGACCCGCGCCACCUGCUCUAGCAGAUCAAAAAGAUAUCGUUGAUGAAUCACUAGAUUUAUUUCGAGCGAAUUGUCUUUUUCGUAACUUUGAAAUAAAGGGGAACGCAGAUCGUGUACUCAUAUACUUGAUUCUUUUCAUCUCGGAUUGUCUUGCCAGACUGGCGAAAAGUCCACCACCAUCACAGAAAGAAGCCGUGAAAAUUUUGAGUACUCGCGCGAUAGAUCAUUUCGCUCUUCCCGGGGAACCUACUUUUCCUCUGAAUGCUUUGUAUGCGACACCGGCUAAUAAAGGGGACACUGGUUCAUUUACUUCGUCAAUAUAUGUCACAACUUCGACAAGAACUGGCCUUAAGAUUGGUAGACAGGGUGUAUCUGGAUGGGAAACCGAGCAAGUGGUGGAUGUGCUUUCAGAAAAGAAAAUUUAUGAAUAA